UACGCCUAGUGCUCUAUUGGGUUUCCAUGGAAGCAUCGACAAAGUCAGACCCUUGCAAUGCUGGUUACUGAAAGGCCAAGACUAAUUCUGCACCAAUAUAUACACCUCUACGCAUGGUGCACUGCCAGCCUGCAAACUCACUGGUUUCAUCUACUGAAUAGAAGUGAUUGUAACUAAAAGUGAAAGGCUGCAAAUAUCAGAGAAAAGUUCAGGACUAUCAUGGCUUUAUAUACAUCAGACUGGACUCCAAUAAACGAUGACACUUUCUUCAGGCGUCACGAGCUGUACCCCAUGUCGUGGGCCGAGUGCGACUGGACGGAGCGCACGCUGGUCUGUGUGGCCAGCUCGGGUGGGCCGAUCGCCGUCUGUCGCGACGUCUCCAACUCGGCCGUGCCCAUCAUGAUCUACAACGGCGCCGGCGAGAGCCUCGGACUGGCCAAGUGGAACGGUCAGCUGGCCGGCGCCGGCUGGAGCGACGACGAGCGCCUGGUGCUGGUGGACGCGGCCGGACAGGUCUCCGUUUACGACAUGUUCGGAAAGAUGGAGCGCUCACUCAGCCUGGGACAGGAGGUGAAAAAGUUCACGGUGGAGUCUGCGUCCGUGUUCCUCAGUCACCAGGGCACCGGACUGGCGGUGCUGUGCCGCAACCAGCGCUUCUACAUGACCACAUCGUUGGAGCAGCCGCUCGUCAAAAAGCUGCCCGACGCGCCCGGUGGCAGCGGACCUCCGAGCUGCUGGGUGACCACGGCCGACCGAUACCGGUCAGCGGUACUGGUGGCCAAGGGACUGGAGGUCUCACUGCUGGAGGCCGACUCCAAGGCUCAGCCGCUGGCGAUAACUCUGCCGGCGGCGGCGCAGCGGGUCACGCAGCUGGUGACGAACCGUGCCGGGGACCUGCUGGCGGCGCUUACUGACUCGGGUCACCUGGUGCUGACGUCACUGGAUCUGCGUCAGACGUUCUGCACAGUGGACACGGGCGCCCGCCAGCCGGCCAAACAGCUCCAGUGGUGCGGCUCGUACGCGGUGGUGGGCUACUGGAACAGCAGUCUGCUGGUGGUGAACCGGCGCGGAGAGACCAUCAAAUACGGCCUGGACGUGCCCGGCCAGCUGUGUGCCGAGUGUGACUGCAUCCGACUGGUGACACCCUACAGCCACGAGCUCAUCGAACAGGUGUGGAGUGACUCCGUGGCCGUGUUCCGUAUCGGCUCCAUGGACCCGGCAGCCGUCCUGGUGGAGACACACCGCGAGUAUGAGAAGCGGAGCCAUCUGGCGGACGAGUAUCUGCGGAUGAUCCUGACUCGGCUGAACCAGGCGGUCACCUCCUGUAUCGAGGCGGCUGGCCACGAGCACAACCCGCAGGUUCAGAAACUCCUGCUCAGGGCGGCGCAGUACGGCAAGAGUUUCGUGUCUGAGCUGGACCCGGAGCUGUUUGUGUCGACGUGCCGCUACCUGCGCGUGCUCAACUCACUGAGGCACCACAGUCACGGCAUGCCGCUCACCAUGGGACAACUGCGUCAGAUGCCGGUGCCGGCACUGCUGGACCGGCUGAUGCGGCGCCGGCUGCACUUUUUGGCGCUGCGCGUGUGCCGCCAGCUGCAGCCGGUGCCGCACGCCGACCAGCGCCGGGUGCUCGAGGCCUGGGCCAAACACCUGGUGGUCAGCUCGGACGGCGAGGGACAGGCGGUGGCGCGACAGAUUGCCGACCGGCUCGGCUCCCAGUCGGGAAUAUCGUUCGCCGACGUGGCCAAGACGGCCAUCGCGGCCGGGAAGCGCGGCACUGCCAUACAGUUACUGGCGAUGGAGCAGCAGGCGCGGCGUACCGUGCCGCUGCUGAUCGACCUCAACAUGUGUGACGAGGCUCUGAAGCGGGCCGCCGACUCCGGAGACCCGGACCUGGCGCACUCGGCACUCCUGCAGCUCAGGGACGCCCGCGGACGGGCAGAGUUCCAGAUGCUCAUCCGCAACUACCCACUGAUGCAGUCCCUCUAUAUGAAGUACCUGCGGAGCCGCGGUCAGACCGAGCUGGUGCGAGACGGACUCAUUCAGGAGGACGACUUUGACGGACAGGCGCGCCUGCGCAUCGCCGAGUCGUACAAAGAGACGCGCGUGGAUCUAAGGAUAUCGCAUCUGGUGGCCGCCCAGGACUGCUACAAAAAGGCCAAGAACGAGUUCUGGGCUACUCAGACCGAGGACCAGCACAAGCUGCUGAAAUACCAGUCGAGUCUGGAGGAGAGCUGUAACCGGGAGUACGUCGGUCUGUCUCUGCAAGACACCAUCAAACAGCUGAUCCUGUCGGACCGACACAAGCUGGCCGACAGCCUACGCAACGAGUACAAAAUCUCCGACAAACGGUUCUGGUGGACCAAGUUGCUUGCGCUGGCGGAGGGAGAGCAGUGGACCGAAUUGGAGAAGUUCGCCAAGAGCAAAAAGUCGCCCGUCGGAUACGAGCCCUUCGUGGACGCGUGUCUAGAGCACGGCAGCCUAGUCGAGGCCAAAAAGUACCUUCCCCGCGUCAACGACGAAAACAAAGUCAAGUACUACGCCAAGGCCGGGCUGCUGGAGGACGCGGCCCGGAUCGCGUUCGAGCAGCGCGACCGUGACGCGCUGGCGUACGUGGAGGGCUUGUGUGGUCCCAACAACCGGUCAGUGCUGCAGCAGAUCGGCCAGUACCGGCAGACGCUCAAACCCUAGUCGCGGCGGACGCUCGAACCCUAGUCAAGCGACGGACUCAGACCCUAGUACCGACAGGCGCUCGAACCCUAACCCCGACGGACGCGGGACCCCUUUAGUCGCGGCAGACGCCCAGUCCCUACUCAAGCGGCGCCGCUGGUGGUGUAGGGACUCACUGGAUGAGGUCGGACACGGGAGGAUGAAUAUGCUGUGCUGUCCAAGCCGCGUAAAUUUGUACUGUGGAGACAUUUGUAGACGGUUCAGCGAUGGCGCGUGGGCUCUGCCUCUGGUGUCGCUGACUGGGCUCGGUGGCCGAUCCUGCCUGCUGUAUAAUUUCGUCGAGUUGGUAGGGCCUCGUGGACCCAACUGGACUCGAUGGAGCUGAGUGCUAGCUGGUCUGCCCAAUGUGAGCUGGCGCUGCUCUUGGCUGUGUCUAUGUUAUUACAGGAUAAAGGCGGUGUGCUAUAUAUCGUGUUGCUGCUGCAGCCUUAUGUGAUGGUUUUGUUUUGUGGGUGUCACCAGCAUGGCAAUGGAUAGUAUCGCCUAUCCGGUUACCAUACACCGACUAUUUCAUGCAAGGGCUGUGUGCUGCGGCUUUAUUGAUUUGUUUAUCCACAUACCCAUUACCCAAUACAGCCCAUAGUGUGUACUGUGUAAUCGUGCUAAUGAGCAACGGGAUUGUUUUACGUCCAUUUAUUUGUGCUGCACAAUAUAUUAAUGAUGUUUAAA